UCCAGCAAGUGAAGCCCCCCGAUCCCAUCCCAUCCAUCCCACCCCAUCCCAUCCCAUCCCAUCCCUCCUUCAGACCCCUGUGUCGAAGCCCCGCUGUGUUGCUGCAGGAGGAUUGCAGCCGCCAGGGUCAGCUCAGUGACUCGCUUUUUCACGCCGACAGCAACGCGCCUCUCGGACUGAUGGUGCGGAGGAGUGGACUGAUGCGGUGGCUGGUGCCUGUCUUCGUGGCUGUUGGAAUCGUUGCUGACCCUCUGGAUGUGAUUCCCGAGGAAGAGAUGAGCUUUGACCUGUUUGAGAUCAGCAAAAUAAACAGACAGACUGCGGGAGUCAUGCUAUUCCGGGGUCCGGACCGCAGUGUCCCGGCUUUCAGGUUCACCCGCUUUGACAAGAUCCCCCCAGCCGCAGACCAGAGCUUCCAGGAUAUAGUCAGACUCAUGAAAUACUACGAGGGCUUCAUCCUGGUGGCCAGCCUGAGGCAGGACAGAAAGACCCGGGGCACCCUCCUGGCCAUCGAGGGACCCGGCUACAAGCGCCAGUUCGAGAUCAUAUCCAACGGGCAAGCCAACACCCUGGACUUCCAGUACUCGGUGGAGAAGUCCCAGAACCUGGUGUCCUUCCAAGACGUGGACAUCGCCGACUCCCAAUGGAAAAACGUCACCAUCCAAGUCAACGGGGAGAAAGCUUAUUUGUACGUGGGUUGUGACCUGGCUGACAGCUUCAUCCUGGACGAUCCUUUCUAUGAGCAGCUCACUUCAGGCGGUAGCAGACUGUAUGUGACCAAGGGACUGACACCCGGGAGACACUUCAGGGGCUUUCUGCAGAAUGUGCGCUUUAUCUUUGGGACCUCUCUUGAAAACGUCCUCCGGAAUAAAGGCUGCCUCCAAACAGCUGAAGUGUUGACCAGUAAUGAAAGCAGAGAAUUUGUUGACAUGGGCACCUCGGCCAAGAGUGAUUUCCUCGAGCAUAAGAUGAAUAAAGUGGUGGAUUUCUGUGACCACUCCUGCAAUGAUAUUCAAAACAUGUUUAAAGAGCUGCAAGGACUGAGGGUUGUAGUCAGCAAUCUGGCAGAUGGACUGCAGAAAGUGACCGAAGAAAAUGUGUUAUUUAACAAAAUCCUGCAAGAAAGUAAUUAUAAAAUUAAGCCAGGCCAAUGCUGGCACGAUGGACGUCUCUUUGAUUACCAGGAAGAGUGGACUGUGGAUAGCUGCACAAAGUGCACAUGUCAGGACUUCAGUAUCAUCUGCCGCCGAAUUACUUGCCCACCAGUAUCAUGUGCCAAUCCAUCUUUCAUUGAAGGAGAGUGCUGCCCUUCAUGUCUCCUCAAGGACAGUGAAGAUGGCUGGUCCCCCUGGUCUGAAUGGACAGAAUGCUCUGCCACUUGUGGCACUGGGACACAGCAGCGAGGAAGGUCAUGUGAUCCCACCAGCAGCCGGUGCGAAGGCCCAUCGAUCCAAACCAAGUCCUGCCAGAAGUCCGAGUGUGACAAACGAAUCCGUCAGAAUGGAGGCUGGAGUCAUUGGUCACCUUGGUCUCCGUGCACUGUCACCUGUGGAGAAGGAAUAACUACCCGCAUUCGUCUCUGUAACUCUCCGGUGCCACAGCUCGGGGGCAAAAACUGCAAGGGUAGUGGAAGGGAGACCAAAGAAUGCAUAAAGAUUGCAUGUCCCAUCAAUGGAAACUGGAGCCCAUGGUCCCCAUGGUCUUCUUGCACAGCCACAUGUGGGAGUGGACUUCAUCAACGCACGCGAAGCUGCAACAAUCCCGUGCCCAAGUUUGGAGGAAAGAAAUGCCUGGGGGAUGCCAAAGUCAGUGAGAUUUGCAAUAAAGACCUCUGUCCUAUCGAUGGUUGCCUGUCCAAUCCAUGCUUUGCUGCUGUGGAGUGCAACAGCUCUCCUGACGGCUCCUGGGAGUGUGGCCCAUGCCCUGCUGGUACUCGUGGCAAUGGAACGUUUUGUGAGGAUAUCGAUGAGUGUGAAGAGGUUUCUGACGUGUGCUACAAGGUGAACGGUGUUCAGAGAUGCGAAAACACAGACCCGGGAUUCCACUGUCUGCCUUGCCCACCUCGCUACAGAGGAAACCAGCCUUUUGGUCUUGGAAUUGAAGCAGCCAAGAAAGACAAGCAAGUCUGUGAGCCUCACAACCCGUGCAAAGAUGGCACACACAACUGCCACAAGUUUGCCAAGUGUAUCUAUCUGGGCCUGUUCAGCGAGCCCAUGUACAAGUGCGAGUGCAGAAUAGGAUACGCUGGGGACGGCCUCAUCUGUGGGGAAGACUCCGAUCUGGAUGGUUGGCCUAACCAGAACCUCCGCUGUGUGGCCAAUGCCUCAUAUCACUGUAAGAAGGAUAACUGCCCUCUUCUGCCCAACUCUGGACAAGAGGACUUUGACAAGGAUGGAGAGGGUGAUGCUUGUGAUAAAGACGAUGACAAUGAUGGCAGAAAUGAUGAGAGAGACAAUUGCCCUUUGCUGUUCAAUCCACAUCAGUUUGAUUAUGACAAGGACGAGGUAGGCGAUCGCUGCGAUAAUUGUCCCUAUGACCACAACCCAGUCCAGAUUGACACUGAUGGUGAUGGUGAGGGUGAUGCCUGCUCGAUUGAUAUUGACGGUGAUGAUAUUCCCAAUGAGAGUGAUAACUGUCCCUACGUUUACAACGUUGACCAGCGGGACACUGAUCAGGAUGGCGUUGGAGAUAUGUGUGACAACUGCCCACUUGUGCAUAACCCUGACCAGACAGACUUUGACUCUGACCUGGUGGGUGAUCAGUGUGACAACAACCAGGACAUUGAUGAGGACGGUCACCAGAAUAACCUGGACAACUGCCCAUACAUCGCCAAUUCAAACCAGGCCGAUCAUGAUAAGGAUGGAAAAGGAGAUGCUUGUGACCCUGAUGAUGACAAUGAUGGUAUCCUUGAUGAUAAGGAUAACUGCCGCCUUGUGCCAAACCCUGACCAGCUGGACUCUGAUGGUGAUGGUAGAGGAGACGCUUGCAAGGAUGACUUUGACAAUGACAGUAUCCCUGAUAUCUAUGACGUGUGUCCCGAGAACAAUGCUAUCAGCGAGACAGAUUUCAGGAAAUUCCAGAUGGUCCACUUGGAUCCAAAGGGAACAACGCAGAUUGAUCCCAAUUGGGUGGUGCGAAAUCAGGGCAGGGAGCUGUUGCAAACUGCUAACUCUGAUCCAGGCCUGGCUGUUGGUUUUGAUGAGUUCAACGCCAUAGACUUCAGCGGCACUUUCUACGUGAACACGGAUCGCGAUGAUGACUAUGCCGGCUUUGUGUUUGGCUACCAGUCCAGCAGUCGUUUCUACGUGGUCAUGUGGAAGCAGGUUACCCAGACGUACUGGGAGGAGAAGCCAUCAAAAGCCCAUGGUUACGCAGGUGUUUCUCUCAAAGUGGCUAACUCGACCACGGGGCGGGGAAAACACCUGAGGAAUGCACUGUGGCACACUGGAGACACUCCAGGACAAGUUCGCACCCUGUGGCAUGACCCUAAGAACAUUGGAUGGAAGGACUACAGUGCUUACAGGUGGCACCUGAUUCAUCGGCCCAAAACAGGUUUUAUUAGGGUCGUAGUGUAUGAAGGUAAACAAAUUAUGUCUGACUCGGGUCCUAUCUACGAUAAGACAUUAGCUGGUGGACGACUAGGGCUCUUUGUCUUCUCCCAAGAAGCUGUUUACUUCUCUGACCUGAAAUAUGAGUGUCGAGACAACUGAGCACUGGGUGGCAGCAGAAGUUGAGAACCCUGUACAUUGCUGUGCAGCUUGUCACCUGAGUAUGACUGGUAGUCCCAGGCCCUGUCCACCCUCUUUCCUGCUUUUCUCCUGAGGCCAGUCUCUGGGCCCUCAGCUGACUGUGGAGGUUUGGUUUGUCCUAUGCACAAGUUCCUGCUGUCUCUGGACUGUAACGCUGAUAGAUGUGAGAAGCAGCCCAAGGUCACAGCGGGAGCUGAUCGAGAACCUCAGGAAGUCUUCUCUUGCGACUAUAUCCAGAUAAAGGGAUUAGUCGUCAUUUAACAAAAGGAUCAUACUAUGAUAUAAUUCUGCCAUUGCUAUUCUUAUCAGAAUGUUUUCAAGGACACUCAAUAUCAGACUGUUUUGAAUUGACUAUUGAUGUUAACACAAAUCUAAUUUUCUGAGAAACACAAUGAAUUACAAACCCUGUUUAAAAACCACUUUGUUUAUAACUUUUUCUAUUACAUUUCACUGUAAAUAGAAGCUUCCUUGCUAGUGGGAUACCAGAUAGCACAUUUACUACAGUUACGCCAUGCAAAUCUAAUAGAAACUCUCUUAUGUACCAUGUGGUUAAUCUCUCAGACAACGUACUGGUUGCUUUUUCUCAGCUGGGGACAACUAACUGGGUAAAAGCUGGGACUGGUAAAGGGGCAAAGAAACUAAAAAAAAUGUAUCAGCUUAAUCUGAAUAUAUAUUCUAUAGUAUAUCAUUUGAAAACACCUUGUUUUGGCUUUUAUGCACAUUAUAGAGUCUUUCAGUGUUAGUUACGUUUUAAGAAGUUCUUUCUGACUUGAGAAGCCGCAGACUCAUUCCUGUGACCUUCCUGUAUCCCCGGCUGAACGGGGCGAGCUCCAAAUAGAUGCAAGUCGUCAAGGAAUGUGGACAUCUUUCAAAGAACAACACACUUGUUGAGGGGAAAAGAUGUGAAUAUUUAGACUGUAUAUUUUUUCCUAUUUAAUUUAUUUAUGUUUUUCUUUCUUUCCUAAAAUGUUUGUGGGAAGCCAAGGAUUGUAAAUAAUUUAUUUAUUUGUUUACACUGAAGUAAUUUCAGAAUUGAACGAGCAUCUUAGCCAUCAAACCCUAGUUUUCAUUUUGGAUUAAUGAUAGGAAAAUAAAUGAUCAAAAAAAGGCUCAAACAGUGUUCUGUGAGUUCAAACAAUUUGUUUCAUGUUGUAGCCUAACAGCUAAGCGUACGUCAUGUUAUCUGGAUGAAUAAUAGAUUUGGUCUCUGUUGCUUCCUUUGCGUAACUAAAGCAUUCAGUAAACACCACUGGUAUAUGUUAACAGGUAAUUCCCAGUUUUCCCAUCAUCCCAUUAUUAAUAGCCUUCAGUUGCCCUGAACAGUUUGCAGUCAGUUCACAGGAGUACCCCAAUGGAACGGCAGGACCAUCAAGUCACCGUGUCAUGCGUGAGUUGCAAUGUUGCUGCACGUUUCUGUGCACAUUGCAUUGUUGUCGAGUGCUGCAGGAUCAUUUGUCUCCUUUUCAGGUCACAAGGCUGAUUAUUUUUGUCACGCUUUUAAAAUGCAAGCUCACCAUAUAUGAACUGUACAUAGCUAGAGGGUGCAGUCUGUUCAUGAAGUGUAUAAUAAAAUGCUUAGAUUUAUGCUUUAA